UACAAGUCUUAGCACACACAUAGCUCUACACUAAGGUAUUCACAUAAUGACAUUGAUAACAAGAGACCCAAUUUUUUAGGAUGAACAAAAUGCGGCAGACUCAGAUCUAAAGGAUGGUCAGCUGACGGACUCAAAAGUGCAGGUAGAAAACUUGGAAGGCCAGCUGAAGGAAACUAAGGAACAGUACACUGGUCUGGAGAAGAAAUACCACAAGGCCAAGAAGCUCAUAAAAGAAUACCAUGCAAGUCAUGUCUCGUCUCCCCACCCUAAAGUGUUGCUACCAGCCAAAACAUUGAGUUGCCCACCGCUCAACCCCCAGAACCCCCCUAAAGCCUCCCAAACCGUUAGUGCCAUGAACCCUGUAGACAUGCCAGAGCCCAAGGACAAUUUUUCCAACUUUCUUACCGCUAUGCUGCACAGCCAAAUGAGGGUAUUGGACAACACAUACCUCGAACUACAAAAGACCUACCACAAGGUCCAGAAGCUCAUGAAAGAACAUAAGGCUAGAGAACUAGAGUUGAUUAAGAGGGAAGAAGAGACUUUGAGACAGAUGGAAGAAAAGGACAGACAACACAAGAGAGAAGUUAACAUGCUCAAGCAACAGUAUGAAAUAUUGCAGACACAGAAGAAGAUUCAAUCAUUGCAGUCAGAGCUUGACGAGGCUCACAAAUUAGCAGCUACAGCUGUUAACGAGCUAGGGGAGGCACCAGAUGAUGCAGCCGGUGGGGAGGGCGUGGUGUUGCUACAGAAACGGGGCUUCUCAUUUGAGGAGGUUCUCGCAAUGGGCGACAUGCCAGAAACAGCCCUGGGGGCUUCACCCCAACACUCACCCCACGCAAAGGACCAAGGGCUGGAUGAUAUCUCGGAUGAUGAGUCCUCUACACAGGAAGGCAGCUACACUUUCAGCACAGGACUGAAACUGCAAGUGUGUCCGGUCGAGAUCCGUAUAGUCGGGCACACGCCUGACUGGUGUAGCGAUCAUAUUCGCUACGUGCAGUCUUUCUCCAAAUGCACGUGGAAAACCUUCCAAACGCCCAUUCAUGACAAGGGAGUAACAACUCCUGAAGAUGUGGUAACACCAGAUGAGUUCAUAGAGACACCUCCUGAAGAAGAAAGGAACCUGUUUGAUGAUGUAAUCCCCCCCACCACCCUGUUGGACACGUCUAAAGAGAAGUCGAGAGCGACGGUGACACAAGGAGCCCUGUCCAAACGGAGACAGCCCAGCAGACAGAAACUUCGCUCACAGAGCAGUGAGGACCUGGACGAAGCUUUGCCAGAGGAGGAGCCAGAGCUCACCCCAGAAGAGCAGCCCAUGCAUCUGCAGGCAGCUGUUCCAGUGUCCUUCGCUGUUCCACCUUCCCGGUCACCUCCCCCUGAUGCCCAGGUCUCGCAGGACAUGUGGAAACCCAGAGGAGGCGUGGCACUCCCCUUGGUGAGACCAGAUGACUUACAGCAGAGGCUGAGGCCGACCCCCCAGCAGUCGGACAGACCACCCCCUCCCGAACCCACGCCGCCCGCCUUACCCCCCAGACGAGGGGAGGAGAAGAGAAGGGAGGAAAAGGAGAGAAGAAAAGAGGAGAAGAUGGAGGAACAGGGUCCGGUCCCGCCGAAAAGGACAAAGAGCGGACCGGCAUCGUCAAAUGUACAACCUACGCCCCCGCCAACCGAGAACGUUUGGGUCAAGCCCUCUGAUAGCUUCAGUCUGUUUGAGAAGCUGGGGUUCAGGUCUUCCAAACGGAAAGACAAGGACUCCUCUUCCAAAGACAAAAGGGAAAUCUUAAGAAGGGACUCCUCCCAGUCUAGGGGUAAGAAGGAGAAGGAUUCUAAGGAAAGGGAAGCAGCUAAGGAGUCUAAAUUCUCCUUAAGCGUGGGAGUUCCUAAGAGACCAAGUGGUAGUAAGAAGAAAGGGCCGGCUCCUGAAGUGAAGAAGGACAGCCCAGCACCAGACAGGGCAGCUGUGGGGCCACCUCCUACUGAGAAAUCUGCAGAGGAGAAGCCUGCAGAGGAAGAGUCGUCAGAAGGGCGGCACAGUCAGCACAGCACGUCGUCCAAGGACUCCAUCUCCACCUCCCCCACCAUGCCACCCGCCAUGCCCCUCCUACGCACAGCGACCUCCCCACCAACCUCCUCAGGGAUCCCCUCUUACUUCAAGAUGGCAGAGUCACCGGAGCGGUCCUCCAAAGGCUCCACCGACAGUCUGUCUACCCCGUCUUCCACAGCCUCGCCUGCUAGGGUAGAAAAAGCUUUCGAAGCUGAGGUAGAGACUGAACAAUCUGAGGCAGAGCAGGCAGAUAUAGAACAGUCUCCUGUAGGAUCCUGCCAGAGCCUUUCUCAGUCUACAGACAGCUUGUCCAGCACUGUGCUUACUGCUUCUCAAGAAAACUUAGCACAGGGCCAAACUGAAGGUUCCCCCAUACCUGGCUUCAGUCCUGGUCUGGCCAAAACAAAAGGCAGCAUUCCAAGCACCCUAUCAGACAGCCUGGUGGGGAUGGUCUCAGAGUACAGUUCCAAAGGUUCCAAAGGCUCCUACACCUUCAACACUGAGGACCCGCGGAUAGAAUUCGAGGACUCAACGGAACCCAGCACCCCCGGGACUCCAGCCACCCCCUCUACACCAGCUACCCCCUCCACUCCUGCCACCCCCCUCACCCCCGAUCAUGAUAGUGAUGUGCCCAUGGACACCAGCAGUAGUGAGGGGGUGAAGUCUCACCACUGGCAGAACAAGUCCAUCAUGGACUGGGGUAACGAGCAGGUUCUGAGGUGGCUGACCGCGCUCGAGCUGGACCAGUACGUCCCCGAGUUCCAGGCCAAAAACGUCACCGGUCAAACACUUAUACAGCUGGACGGGUCGAAGUUGAAGGGUUUGGGUGUGUCAAACAGCAACGACCGUUCGUUACUCAAGAAGAAAAUCAAAGAAAUCAAAGCCCAGGUAGCCAAAGAACGCAAGAUGGCGGAGAAGGAGCUCAAGGCUAGGGAAAAACAACUGAAGAAAGCCUCCAAGAAAAAAGCAACAGUAGCAGUAUAGCACACUGUACAGCUUUCUUUUUAUUGACUUGUACUGAUUUCCAUACAAAGAGAGGUAUUUCUACAUUUCCUCAAUAUGUGCUCUUCCAGGGAUAUAGUAUUCUUCUUACUUACAUGUGGUUGAAUGACUCGACAACUAGCAAACUGGACAGAGAGUGGUCACAAAUGUGUCAAAGACCUUUUCAACUGUUGCUUCUGUAUCAUUUUUGUAGUCUUUGUUACAUCUGCUACAUGUAGAGAAGUGCAACAUGAAAAGGUUUUGGGCCAAGAUUUAGAAAAGAAUUUGGUACGACGUAUACUUCAUACAGUGAGUGUAGCGGAAAGCUACUUUUGAUAACUUGUUAUUUUUAGCUGAUAUACGACAGUACAGAUGGCCAAUAUGAUGUGAUUGUAAAUUAUUAUUUCUUUUGCAGUUGUAGAUUUAAA